GUGCAAACUCGACGCAAGCGAGCCCCAGAGGAACCCACGCAGGGCUGUAAUUAGUUGUCAUUUUGUCAACAGGGGCAACACACACUCGGUCAGGGUGGAACAAAAGACCCGGCUGAGAAACGCUGCCCGCUGCCUUCAGAUGCGCAAAGAAAGGAGGUCGGCUUGACAUCAUGAGCGAUCGGUUCGACUGCAAGAACUGCCACGAGUCCCUCUACGGACGCAAGUACAUCCAGGUGGAGGACAACCCCCACUGCAUCCCGUGCUAUGAUCACCUGUACGCCAAUACGUGCCAGGAAUGUAAAGAAAUAAUCACUCAUAAUUCUAAGGAGCUCUUCUAUAACGACAGGUACUACCACGAACACUGCUUCCGCUGCGUGCGCUGCACUCGCUCUCUGGCCGAUGAGCCCUUCACCAGCCAGGAUGACGCUCUGGUGUGCAGCGAGUGCUACAGCAACGAAUUCUCCUCCAAGUGCGUGGUCUGCGACAAGAAGGUGAUGCCUGGAUCCAAAAUGUUGGAGUAUAGCGGCUCCACAUGGCACGAGGACUGCUUCGUGUGUCACGGCUGCGAGAAGCCCAUCGGCGCCGAGGCCUUCAUCCCAGCCGAAAACAAUUACUACUGUGUGCCGUGCUACGAGGGCAGGCUUGCUCCUCGGUGCAGCCACUGCAAUAAGGUGAACCUGGCCUCACAUCGCAAUUUUGCCUUUUGA